GUGGAACCCUUUUUAAUCUUAAACAAAAUCCAAAGAAAAUUGAAGCCGGAAGAUUCGAAGUUUGGCGCAGAAACCCACAUCAUUACUAUUCCGAUUUGAUCCGAACCCAUCAUUACUACCAAAAUCAAAACUCAAAUUUUCCGUUUUCCACCUUUCUCAUAAACAAAAACUUCCAAAUUCAACAUUCUAAUAUUCCUAGCACAAAACAUUAUUCCAAAGUUUUUGCCUUUCUUACUCUCCAACAUUGUAUUGUUACAACCAUAAUGCUCUCACCGAACCACAAUUGAUUUUCACUACCAAAAAAUGCGGAGGGUAUUUGGAAAAAUUGCUGGGUUGUUCAGCAAUCGAACUGCGGCUGGAGUAGACAAAACUGGGAACAAAUACUUCACCAGAAAUGAAGAAAUUGAUGGUAUCAUGAAAGAGAAGAGAUGGGUGGUGUUUAAGGGAGAGCAAGAUCCUACCUCCAUUCCAGUUGAAUGGAUAUGUUGGCUGAAUGGACAGCGAAAAAGGGCUCCAACUCCAGAGGAACAGAUAGAAUUGGAUGCAAGACGUGAACAAGUUAAACAGAAUGUUGCUCUUCUCAAGAAAGAAGAAGAGGAAAGGAAUGCCAAAGAAGGAAGUAGAGUCAGACGUGUUGUCAACACUGAAAAUGUUGGUGGUCCGGACUUGAAAAGUUUUAUUCGGCAGUUACAGGUUCCUUCUGAAGGUAACGAGGUUGAGGAAUCACCUGGCACAAAGAAUGACAAGAAUAACUUGAGGAACUCUCAAGAUAAGACAACUAAGAAUCCAAAAGAUGAGCUUGAAUCUUCAGAGCCAACUGGGUCAGGUGCAAGUUAUAGACCUGGAACAUGGCAACCUCCAUUUUGAACUUUCAUCAAUCAUCACAAUUAUGGGAGGACUUUGCUGACACAAUAUUUGUUAAUCUUGCCUCAUUCUGUGUUCCAAGUUUCUGAAACUUGUUAUUCAUUGAUUUACAUUUUAUUCGUCAAAAAUGACCACUAAGAUAACCCGGGGCUUUAUGCAUUGGCAGUAUCUUGUCCUGCUGAGUAAUUUAGUUCUUUCUAAAUAAUUUCAUACUUAGUUGUGAUGCAUUGUGUUGUUUCAAAUCUAAAGGCGUGAUGUGAAAUUCUGAUUGUAAAUGUACUUCUGGGUGACCUUGUAAGCAAGGACCAUUGCCUGAGUCUGAGCUGUAAAUGAAGAAUUGGAAUCAAAAGUACUGGCUUAGCUUAUUGGAAUUUUA